AUAAAGCUCAUUUGCCAUGGAAACAAGCAGCAGCGAUAACAGAAUCUCCAUUGCCAGAUAAGCCAAAUCUCUCUCUGUUCACUUAGAAAAUGUGAAGCAGUAGCAGUAGAAGGAGAAGGUGAAAAAAAUAAUAUAUAUAUAAAUAGAAGAAUUGAAAAUGGCAGAGGUAGUGUAUCAUCAUCGUCAUCAAGAACGGAGGAGCUCGUCGAGAUCGGAUUACAGAGCAGGAGCAACGAGUCCUGACUCAGUGAUUUUCACUGCUGAGUCUAAUUUUAACAGUCUCUUCUCAUCCGCUUCUGCUAGCGUCGAGCGCUGCUCUUUCGCUUCUGAUGCUCACGAUCGCGACUCUCUUGCCUCUGAAAUUAACUCACUCCAUUUGGCUGGACACGAAGGAAAUGAGCUUCUCCACGAAGCUUCGAGUGGUCCAGAUCGAGAUCCAGAUCCAAACAGACGCAUUUCUACUCCACACAGCAACACAAAGCAAGCUCAUGCUCACUCUCGUCUCUUCAAAAAAGUUGAAAAAGCGAAAGUUCAACAAGAAGACGACAAUAACAACAGCAGCAACAGCAGAGCUAUUAUAGAACUACUAGUAGAAGACGAUACUCACCUUAUAGAUUCAGCAAGAAAUUCUUUCUCUCUCGCUCUUAAAGAGUGUCAGGAACGGAGAUCUAGAUCUGAAGCGGUUUCUAAGAAGUCUGAUAGGCGACGACCUGCGUCGUUGGAUCUGAACAAUGUUAUUGCUGCUGCAUCCUCCCCGCGAUUAAGUGCUGUGAAGAAGAGUGCAAUUUCUUCUAGAAAGUCCGGCACGUUUCCUAGCCCUGGGACGCCUAAUUAUCGCCACGCUAGCGUUGGAAUGCAGAAAGGUUGGAGUUCAGAGCGAGUGCCGUUGCAUAAUAACAGUAUUAGGCGACAAGUAAAUGCUAAUAUGUUACUUCCUUUUAAUAAUAACGGAAGGACAUUGCCGUCCAAAUGGGAGGACGCUGAGAGGUGGAUUUUUAGUCCUGUUUCUGGAGAUAGUGGAGUGAGAACGUCGGUUCAGCUGCCUCAGCGGAGACCUAAGUCUAAGAGUGGACCGCUUGGUCCUCCUGGAUUUGCGUAUUACUCUCUGUAUUCUCCUGCUAUGCCUGUGUUUGACGGGGCCGUUAUGGGAAAUUUCAUGGCUGGUUCUCCCUUUUCAGCUGGUGUUAUUGCUGCUGAUGGAUUGGGUGCUCGAUCUAAUGGUAAUGGUUCGGCAUUUCCUGGUCGGACCGACCCUUGUAUGGCUCGUUCUGUUAGUGUGCACGGUUGCUCUGAGGUGGUGGCCGAGUCGUCAUUGACUUCACAAGAUGAAAAGCUUCAUGAUCUUAAGGAUGCAUCCGCGGAUUUAUCAUCUGUUUCGAGAAGGGACAUGGCAACUCAAAUGAGUCCCGAGGGUAGUGGCCAUUCAUCUCCAACCAUGAGGCAGUCUUUCUCUGCAUCCACUCACUCUGCCUUACCUAUUGUGGAAGUGCAGAGUAUACAUUCUUCUAAAUCUGCAGUCAGGGAUGUGCAGGUGGAUGAGAGGGUUACUGUCACUAGAUGGUCUAAGAAACAUAGCUCUCGUAAUCGUGGGAAGAGCUCAGGAAAUGUUGAUGACUGGAGAAAGAAAUCUGCUGAUUCUCGCACUUCAUGUUGGGAUGUUUCAGAGGCUGCAAAGUCCCUUUCAAAAGCCAAAAGAGAGGAAGCUAAAAUCAUUGCAUGGGAGAAUCUGCAGAAGGCAAAAGCUGAGGCAGCAAUAAGGAAACUUGAGAUGAAGCUGGAAAAGAAGAGAUCAUCGUCCAUGGAUAAAAUUAUGAACAAGCUAAGAUCAGCUCAGAAGAGAGCCCAAGAAAUGAGGAGCUCAGUCUUACCCAACCAGGCACGCCAAGUAUCAAGGACUCAUCACAAGGCUAUAUCAUUCGGUAGAACACGUCAGAUGGGUUCCUUGAGUGGUUGCUUCACAUGUCAUGCUUUCUAGCGCCCUGUGUUGCCAUAUGUUGCUGUGUUUUAACUCGCUACCUGGUAACUUCUUCGUUUGAUGUCUUCUAUACCUUUUUGUCUGGUAUUGCAGAAAGUAGUUUCCCACUAAGAGUGUUUAGAAUCCGACGAGUUAAUCUAGUUUAGAUUUUUCAAAAAAGGUGCUAAAUUAGAGUUCAAUUGGCAUAUAAGUUGAUGCACUGUUGCAGGAGCAUGAAGGUCAAGCAUUUCCAUUAGGAUUCAAAAUGAGAAGUAAGCAUCUUGGUUGCAAUGUUCCUGGUAUCUAAAAGAUUUUAGCUAUAAACCUUGUAUGAAUGUGUAUGUAUGUAAAUGAACAAUUAUAUUCUUCUCAUUUUUAAAUUCCAUUAUGUGGGCGAUAAUGAUUUUUGAAAUAAAAUUAGAAAUGGCAUUCUAUGUAGUCAA